AUGCACGGUGUCAACAGAGGGAUUCAUGGUUUGGAGGAUGUUUUCUUCAGUCCUCAGGACCAGACAGUCAGAGAAGGAGAGGGGGUUUUCUUCCAGUGUGUGUCAGGAGAAAGUUCACCUCCUGCGAGCAUCACCUGGCUCAAAGACGGGACUCUGGUCACAAGAGGAAGACACAUUCAGGGUGAGUAUGGAGGUGGUAGCCAGAAGAAGACUUCAGGCACUCUUCAUCUUUUCAACGUAACAUUAGAGGAUGAUGGGAUGUACAUUUGUGUUACGCUCAAUCCUUCACUGAACAUCAGCAAGAAGAGCAACGCAGCUAAACUAACUGUGCAGGGGGUCCCUAGAAGGCUGCAGAUCAUCCAGGGCCCUGACAACAUCACUGUUGCUAUGGGAACAGAGGUCUCCAUGCGCUGUGCUGUCCGUGGCUUCCCUGUUCCCAUGGUGCACUGGUUCAAAGACGGCUGCCUCCUGUCGAACUGCUCAACCUCGUUUAGCCUCCAGAACAAUGGACAGCUGCUCACAUUCAGGAACGUGACCAGGGAGGAUGAGGGCUCGUAUCACUGUGAAGCAUCCAACCUGAAAGAGUCCAUCAAGUCGGAGCCGGCCUUCCUGCUUCCAGCCGAUAUGGACUGGGAUUUCGUCCAGCAGCCCGUAAACCUGACGGUGAAGAGAGGAGAAAAUGUUACAGUCACCUGCAGGCCUCCGUACAGCCGACCAGCAGCCCAGGUGUCCUGGUUCAAAAACAACCAACUUCUCUCAACUCCCACAGAUCACGAGACUGUGCUGCCCAGUGGAGACCUCUUCUUCCACAGUGUGCAGGAGUACGACAACGGGAGCUACUUCUGCAGAGCUUCCAACGUCCACCUUCAGAGAUUUCUCACCUCUAGAAGAGCAACUCUGACCGUGCUGGCCCCUCCAUCUGUGAAGCUGUGGCCUCAGGUGUUGACGGUGCCUGUGGGUGCUCAGGUGGUGCUGGACUGUCAGGUGUCCGGUCACCCUCUACCCUCCAUCAGCUGGGUGAAGAGAGGCCACUCCAAGCAGACUGGAGGCAAGAUCACUUUGGGAUUGAAGAACGCCACUCUCUACAUCCAGUCCGCCCGGAGCUACGAUGAGGGAGUGUAUGUGUGCGAGGCCUCCAACACUCUGGGCCACAGCCGCAAAACAGCAAUGCUGAGAGUUGCUGUGAGUCCCAUCAUAGUGACCUUUGUAGGUCAGGUGAGCUGCAGGAUCGGUGCUUCAGCGGUCCUGCCCUGCAGGGCUGUAGGGAUUCUGCCCAUCACGUACACCUGGACCAGGGGCAGAGCAGAGAGACAGUCCCCCAUCAGUCCCACUGAAGACAGACACAUUGAUGUAGAUGGAGCUCUGCACAUUUCCAGUGUGCAGUAUUCUGACGUCGGGGAAUAUUACUGUACAGCUGAGAACCGAGCAGGACGACACCAGAGACGUAGCAUCCUCACCGUCGCAGCUGAACACCGACCAGCUGAUAGAGGCAAGCAGACAAGACUGGUUUUGUCUGCUGGCACCGACACUAGCAAAGACCUGCCUGUUUCCCAAUCCAGUGACUCUGUGGCUGAGCAACACAUCGAGACAACACAUCAUCCACAUGUACAGGCACAGCAUAAGGACGUCACAUGCUCCUUAUCACACUGUGAUGCUACGACAAACAGAGCCACCGCAUUGUCGACAUUUUCAAGGAGAGCAGUGGCUGAGCUAAAGAUGCCACCGCGAUCACUUGGCCAUCUUUUACAGCACCGCCUGAAUCAGCCAACAACCAAUCCGACCCAGCCGUUAGUCACACAGAUGCAGCCUCCCAUGUUACCACCUCCUCCACAUCCACACUUCCAGGCAGUAGAUCUCCACACCCAACUGACCGGUGAUCCUCUUUUGAUUUCAUAUAGUGAACCAACAGUAAUACACAGCCAGGCAUCAGUAGAUACCAAGGAAGUUUUGGGUACAACCCUUCAGUAUCUGCUCACUGAAAGUCGAUCCCAUUUGACAUCAUCACGUACACAAUUUCAGCAUCAAGUCAGUGAUGAAUUGUUGAUAGAGCCUGAUUCUCAGGGCUCUAACAUCCGUGCUGUGUCUGUAGCCAAUCCAAUCACAGAGCCCUUCACUGAGACGGCAAACCCUCCAGUGGGUGAACCCUUCGGCUUUCUUAACUUGGAUUCGUAUUCGCCGACUCCAACACAGAGUCCUGUAACCCAAACUAAGACGAGCCACUCCGGUUCAGUCACCCAGUCUUCUGCUUUACAAGCUGAAUUGCAACAAAUGCACCAGCUGGUUACAAAAAGUAAAUUUUACCAAUCCUACCAUGAGCCAACCUCAACCCAGAUUUCUCACACCGAACUCGAGCACCAAGGUCAACGUCUACAGCGGCCUUCACCAACCAUCUCACAGAUAUCUCAACAAUCAUUCACUCAAAAUCUUUUUCCGAAGUUCCAGCUCGAGCUAUCGACAAUCCCGAAUCAUCUGCCCUCCACGCAACCUCCACCGUCUUCAGUUACGAAGCCUCAACAAUCCCAAAAUCACAGUCAACUUUCGCCCGCAACUUCAACCACGUCUACACUUCCUCAAUCAUCUCCAACACAACAUCCACUGCUCCACUCACAACCACCACAGACAGAAACAUUUCCACUCCAACACAUAAACCCGCCUAAAAUCCAGCCUUCAAUCUCAACCAUCCAUCAGACGUCCAAUCCUUCAACGCAGGACUCUGAGACUCCUGUUGUCCAUCAGGUCAACAUGUCCGAUCAGGUACAGCUAAAUACGAGCCAGAAAGGUGACCCAGUUCAGAAGGCUAAACCAGCCAAUGACACAGAGCUGACAGAGUGGCUGAAGAGGAACACCUCCCAAUCACCGAUGACCAGCAAUGAUCAACGAGUAACGCAGCAGUCUCCCUCAUGGCUGCCCGUGCUGGAGAAACAUGACAUCCCCAUCGUGGUGGGAGUGGGUGUGUCUCUGGCCUUCAUUUUCAUCACUGUUACCUUCUAUGCUGUGGUCCAGAAGAACGAAACCGCACCAACAAGCCGAGCAGCUCAGAGGAAUCUAGGCGUCCCCAUUCGACACACUGGAAGUCGAGCUGCAGGACGUACAUACGAAAACAGAGCUUUUGAAGACGAUGACUGUGUGGCAGUGAUUGAGCAGAGCCCCAACACAUCAGACACCCGCGCCCGACCUCCAGGACCGAGCCUGGUCACGGUGCAGAUGGAGCCCACGUUUGAGGAUCAGGAGGACACACAACCCGCUCUGGACGAUCACUCAGUCACCGUAGAGACUUAUCCUGAGCCCCUUCUUGACACAAAGAUCGAUCCCUCUCUUGAGGAGGAGAAGGGCUGCAGUUUGUCCCAGCCCAGCAUCCAGCUGCAGUGUGCUGAGGACUGGACCAGUAACAGAGGAGACAACCGCUGCAGCCCAUGCCAGGAUGCCUUGCCUCCCCCAUCACCCUUACCCUCCCGUUCACCUUCCCCCUCGCCACCAUCCAGACGUGAGGAGGGCCUGCGCUCCUCGUUAACCCUGCAAAGUGCUGAGGCGUGUGCAGCACCCAUCCACCACAGCCUCAGCAUCUCACAUGGCAACCCUCCCCUGCUCCUUUCUCACCACGUCUCCUUGGGCCUCACUACCGUCGCAGUGGAUGUCCAUUUUUACCCAGCAGCCACUGCUUCGAUGGCAGUAGGCACUAGCACUCAUAUCAAUUCAGUCUCUAAUUCCACUUCGGUGGCGACACCUCUGUUCAGUUCCCCGUUAGUCAACAGUCAGGAGAAUGACCAAUCGACUGCCAGAUUUAAUCAGAGUAAGUAGCAACAGACAUCCUCAUAUAAGAUAAGUCAUCAAAAAUAUUUUAUAAUUUUAAAAGGAGAGAUUUUGAUAUGAAAAAAAGUAUUUUUGGACAUAUAUUUGGAAUUUAAUAUCUGAACAAUUAGCACAGGGCCUCAGGAUUAGAACUUGGAAAAUGUAUUUUUUAUUUUCUUUAAGAAUGAGGAGUUAGAGCCUGGAGGCGAUUAUCUUAGCUUAGCAUAAAGAUUGGAGGCAGGGGCAAACAACUACUGUAUAUGGCUCUGUUAAAGUUCAAAAUACACCUCAUCUUAAAACAUAAUCUUCUUUGUUGAAUCUGUACACAAACAGAAAUGUAAAAACUGUCAUUAUGUGGUUUCAGAAGGAGUCGAAGCAAAACAAUUUCUUGUGCAAACAGUUUAUCCAUUCACCUAGCACAUCUGUAUUGAGGACGUAACCUGCCAAAAUCAAAAAUAUAUGAAUAAAUAAAUAAAUAAAUCAUUAAAUGAAACAAAAUUAAUAUUAAAUAAUAUAAAAAAAGUAGCCAUUAAUUCAUUGAUUAAAUGUGACAUAAAUU